AUGCCUGGUGACUAUCGUGUGAUAGUAGUCGGUUCUGUAAUACUCGUAUUGACAUAUAUUUUACCAACGCGACCGCUAAGAUUUAAAAACUACGAUAAACCCCUACUUGGACCCAUAAAACUCAGCAAUACUGGUUAUACUGCUGACAUUUCAAUACCUACAGCAUUUGAUGGAAGUAGGCCAUCGAUAACGGGUGGUAUCCUCAAGGGAAACUAUGAAGCAAUUGGCGUACAUUUCCAUUGGGGUGAUCCAUUUGGUCCAGGUUCGGAGCACAUCAUUGAUGGGCGACAAUUUGAUGUUGAAAUGCACAUCGUCCACAAGAAGAGUACAUUUGCCACCGUUGAAGAGGCCACCCAGUAUCCCUAUGGAUUGGCUGUUCUGGGUGUAAUGUUCAAGGGGGUUGAGAAUCCCGAUCGUUACUACCCUGGUUUGAAUAAACUCUUUAACAACUUAAUCGAUGUUGUGGAACCCCAGACAUCUACUUUCCUUGACGGUACCAUAUCGAUGGGUCAACUAUUGGGUGAUUUAUAUACGAAAAACUUCUUCACCUACAAGGGAUCGCUGACGACUCCAGGUUGCUCCGAAGCUGUUUUAUGGCAUGUAUUUCCCGAUCCACUGCCCAUCGCCCAAGAACACAUUUAUAAAUUCUGGGAUCUGUUGGAUUCAACGGGCGCACCGUUGAUCAAUAAUUAUCGGCCAGUGCAGGGCGUAAAUGGUCGUAAAAUCUAUUAUAGGGUGGGAUUCAAGACUCUUUAGGGGAUAAGUUAGUGAGAUUUAGUGGGAGCAAUAUUUUUUAUUUAUUUAUUUAAUUGUUAUUUAUUAAAUUCGUUUGUAAGCUAGAUAUAUGUAAUUAAAAAUAUUUAUUUAAGAAAAAUUAUAAAAUUAAUUAAUAAAAACAA